AGCAGCCGGGCGGCGUGGUGCGGUGCGGCUGCAGCGCCCCCGAGUCCCGGAGCUCCUGCAGGGCCGCACAAAGUUUGCAGCCAGCGGCCCUGCACCGCCGAGCUCCCCGAGAGCUGCUGUAGCCCGGCCCCGGCGUGUUCGCGGCGACCCCCCUCGGCCGAUGCUACACGGACAGACGGGGGCGUGCCGAGAGAACUUUGAAAAGCUGCCGAGGAGGAACCUGCUCCUGCAGCUCGCCAGUUGGGGACCUCGGUUGGAACUGGUGUAGCCUGAAGCAAUGCUGCGGGAUCCCAGCAGCCGCUGACCUGCAACUUUCCUGCUAGUCUUGGCGGCGGUCUGAGCUUUGCCUCCUCCUCGCAGGCUCGGCUCACGUUGGUGGCCGCUCUGCUGGAGAACCCAGUGAGCCUCGAGGCUGACUGAGUGUUGCUGUCGGCCGCAUCCUUCUCCGGUCCACCCCGCCAACCUCGGCUCCCGGCCGAGCAGCCCGCGCUUCCCCAGUGUCUGUGUGUCCCGGCUCCCGGCGCCGGCGCCGCAGCCUGGGGUUUGGCGGAGAGCAGGUUCUUGGAUGCUGAAGGCUGGGAUCUUCCUGUGAGAGUGCCGCGGCGGCGAUGGGUGUCCUCAAAGCGUGGCUCGGGGUGGCCCUAGCGCUGGCGGAAUUUGCAGUAUUGCCUCAUUGCGAAGGUGCUUGUCUGUAUCAGGGCUCCUUGCUUGCGGAUGCUACAAUUUGGAAGCCUGAUUCAUGCCAGAACUGUCGUUGCCAUGGUGAUAUUGUGAUCUGCAAACCUGUUGUUUGCAAAAACCCUCGGUGUGCCUUUGAGAAGGGAGAAGUGCUGUGGAUCGCCCCCAACCAGUGCUGCCCAGAGUGUGCACCCAGGACUGCUGGUUCUUGUCACCACGAGGGAAAAAUCCAUGAGCAUGGUACAGAGUGGGCCUCUGCUCCAUGUACUGUGUGUUCUUGCACACAUGGAGAGGUGAGGUGCUCGCACCAACAGUGCACCCCAUUAUCAUGUGGACCCCAGGAGCUGGAAUUCCUUGCUGAAGGAAGCUGCUGCCCUAUCUGUGUGGGCACUGGGAAACCCUGUUCCUACGAUGGCCACGUGUUUCAAGAUGGAGAGGAUUGGCAACUGAGCCGCUGUGCCAAGUGUGUAUGCAGGAAUGGGCUCACCCAGUGCUUUGCAGCUCAGUGUCAGCCUCUGUUCUGCAAACAGGAUGAAAUCGUCGUCCGAGUCCCUGGAAAAUGCUGCUCUCAGUGUUCAGUGAGAUCCUGCUCUACAGCUGGCCAAGUGUACGAGCAUGGUGAACAGUGGAAAGAAGAUGCCUGUACCCUGUGUAUGUGUGACCAGGGACAGGUCAGGUGUCACAAACAGGCGUGCCCUCCACUGAGAUGUGCUAAGGGUCAAAGCCGAGCCCGGCAUCAUGGGCAGUGCUGUGAGGAAUGUGUGACUCCUGCCAGGAGCUGUUCAUCCGGUGGGGUCCUGCGGUACCAGGAUGAAAUGUGGAAGGGCUCGGCCUGUGAGUUCUGCGUGUGUGACCAGGGCCAAGUGACCUGCCGGACAGGAGAGUGUGCCAAGGUGGCCUGUGCCCUGGGUGAAGAAUUAGUUCACUUAGAAGACAAAUGCUGUCCAGAAUGCAUUUCAAGGAAUGGUUAUUGUGUUUAUGAACAGAAGGCAGAGAAUAUGUCUUCAAAUGCGAGUGAAAUUAAGCAUGUUCCAGAGGGGGAGAAGUGGGAAGAAGGCCCUUGCAAGCUGUGUGAGUGCCGGGAGGCUCAGGUUACUUGCUAUGAGCCGUCUUGCCCGCCAUGUCCAGUGGCCACCCUAGCCCUGGUGGUGAAGGGACAAUGCUGCCCAGACUGCACACCAGUUCACUGCCACCCAGACUGCCUGGCCUGCUCUCACUCUCCAGGCCACUGUGACCUCUGCCAGGAUCCCACAAAGCUGCUGCAGAAUGGGCGAUGUGUGCACAGCUGUGGCCGGGGCUUUUACCAAGCAGGCAGUCUUUGUUUAGCCUGUCAGCCCCAAUGCUCCACAUGCACCAGUGGCCUGGAGUGUUCAUCUUGCCUGCCUCCCCUGCUGAUGCAACAGGGACAGUGUGUGUCCACCUGUGGGGAUGGCUUCUACCAAGAUCACCACUCAUGUGCAGUCUGUCAUGAGUCCUGUGCUGCUUGCUGGGGUCCCACAGAGAAGCACUGUAUGGCCUGCAGAGACCCACUGCAAGUGCUGAGAGAUGGCAGCUGUGAGAACACCUGUGGCAGUGGCUUCUACAACAGGCAGGGGACCUGCGUUGCGUGUGACCAGUCCUGUAAGAGCUGUGGCCCCAGUAGUCCCAGAUGUCUUACCUGUGCUGAGAAGACAGUGUUGCAUGAUGGGAAGUGCAUUUCUGAAUGCCCUCAUGGCUACUAUGCUGAUUCCACUGGAAGAUGCAAAGUUUGUCACUCGUCCUGUGCCAGCUGCUCUGGGCCUGCAGCUGCUCACUGUAUAGCUUGCGUCCAUCCCCAGGCUCUACGUCAAGGCCACUGUCUGCCAAGCUGUGGAGAAGGCUUCUACCCUGACCGUGGGAUCUGUGAAGCCUGCCAUGCCUCCUGCCACACGUGUGUGGGGCCCCAGCCCACUCACUGUACCCAGUGUAGGAAGCCAGAGGCAGGACUACGGGUGGAACAGCACACAGGGGAAAAUGUCCCCUAUGGCAAGUGUGUGUCCCAGUGUGGAACCCACUUUUACUUGGAGAGCACUGGACUGUGUGAAGCUUGCCACGCAUCCUGCCUCACGUGUGAAGGAAAGAGCCCUCACAACUGCACAGGCUGUGAGUCCACCCACGCGCUACUGGCUGGGCGCUGCGUCUCCCGGUGUCCCGAGACCCACUUUAGCCUGGAAGGUACUUGUACAGAAUGUCACCCGUCCUGCAAGCAGUGCCAUGGGCCCCUGGAAUCAGACUGUGUCUCCUGUCACCCUCACCUUACUCUCGCCAGCGGACACUGUAAGACCAGCUGCAAGGACGAGCAAUUCCUGAACCUUGUCGGGUACUGUACUGACUGCCAUCCUCUGUGCCAGCACUGUGUGGCCAAUCUCCAAGACACUGGUAGUGUCUGCCUAAAGUGUCAGCAUGCCCGCCACCUGCUGCUUGGAGAUCACUGUGUUCCAGAAUGCCCUCCCGGACACUAUAAAGAGAGAGGCACUUGUAAAAGAUGCCAUUCCUCCUGCAGAAGCUGCCAGAAUGGAGGGCCUUUCUCCUGCUCCUCUUGUGACACUGGUCUGGUUCUGACCCACAUUGGUACCUGUAGCACCACCUGCUUCCCUGGGCAUUACCUGGAUGAUAACCAAGUUUGCCAGCCAUGCAACAGGCAUUGCAGAAGCUGUGAUUCACAAGGCAGCUGCACCUCCUGCCGGGAUCCAAGCAAGGUCCUGCUCUUUGGGGAAUGUCAGUAUGAGAGCUGCACCCCCCAGUACUACCUUGACAUCACCACCAAGAUUUGCAAAGAGUGUGACUGGAGUUGCAACGCCUGUACUGGGCCUCUUCGAACAGACUGUCUGCAGUGCAUGGAUGGCUACGUUCUCCAGGAUGGUGUGUGCGUGGAGCAGUGCUCACCACAACACUACCGGGACUCCGGCUCCUGCAAGAGCUGUGACAGCCACUGUAUUGAGUGCCAGGGUCCCCACGAGUGCACACGCUGUGAAGAGCCCUUUCUCCUCUUCCAAGCCCAGUGUGUCCAAGAAUGUGGGAAAGGAUACUUUGCAGAUCAUGCCAAGCACAGAUGCACAGCCUGCCCUCGGGGAUGCUUGCAGUGCAGCCACAAAGAUAGGUGUCACUUAUGCGACCACGGUUUCUUUCUGAAGAGUGGUCUCUGCAUGCCCACCUGUGUCCCUGGUUUCUCUGGCCACUCAUCUAAUGAAAACUGCACUGACAAAAUGUACACUCCAAGUCUUCACGUGAACGGCUCCUUGACCCUUGGAGUUGGCUCAAUGAAGCCACUGGACUUUUCUCUCCUGAACAUCCAACACCAGGAUGGCAGAGUGGAAGAUCUGCUGUUCCACGUUGUAAGCACACCCACCAAUGGUCAGCUGCUGCUCUCAAGAAAUGGCAAGGAGGUCCAGCUGGAGAAGGCUGGCCAUUUUAGCUGGAAAGAUGUGAAUGAGAAGAAAGUGCGCUUUGUACACAGCAAAGAGAAGCUCAGGAAAGGCUACUUUUCCUUGAAAAUUAGUGACCAGCAAUUCUUCUCUGAGCCGCAGCUGAUCAACAUACAGGCCUUUUCAACACAGGCUCCGUAUGUGCUGAGAAAUGAAGUUCUCCACGUCAGCAAAGGAGAGCGGGCAGCCAUCACCACCCAGCUGCUUGACAUCCGGGAUGAUGACAACCCGCAAGACGUGGUCGUGAAUGUGCUCGAUCCUCCCCUUCAUGGCCAAUUGCUCCAAAUGCCUCCAGCCCCUGCAGCCUCGAUUUAUCAGUUCCAUCUCGAUGAACUCUCCAGGGGCCGCCUCCUCUAUGCUCAUGAUGGUUCAGACAGCACAUCUGAUAUUAUGGUCUUUCAGGCCACUGAUGGACACUCCUUCCAAAAUAUACUUUUCCAUGUGAAGAACGUGCCCAAGAAUGACAGAGCUCUGCGGCUUGUGACCAACUCUAUGGUGUGGGUUCCGGAAGGCGGGAUGCUGAAGAUCACCAACCGAAUCUUGCAGGCUCAAGCUCCAGGUGUCAGAGCCGAUGACAUCAUCUACAAGAUUACACACAGCCACCCCCAGUUUGGGGAGGUGGUCCUCCUGAUGAACCUGCCUGCAGACAGUCCAGCCGGCCCUGCGGAGGAAGGACAUCACCUGCCUGAUGGAAGGAUGGCAACCCCCAUCAGCACCUUCACCCAGCAGGACAUCGAUGAUGGCAUCGUGUGGUACAGACACUUGGGAGCCCCCGCUCAGAGUGACUCCUUCCGCUUCCAGGUGUCUAGUGCCACCAGUGCCCGGGAACACCUGGAAAGUCACAUGUUCAACAUUGCAAUCUUACCUCAGGUGCCCGAAGCACCUAAACUCUCCCUGGGGACAUCUCUCCAUAUGACUGCUCGUGAAGAUGGCCUAAGUGUCAUUCAGCCCCAGUCCUUAUCCUUCGUGAAGGCAGAGAGUCCCAGUGGGGAGAUUAUAUACAACAUCACUGUACCUCUGCAUCCAAAUCAAGGUAUAAUUGAGCACAGAGACCGGCCUCACUCUCCCAUCCGGUAUUUCACUCAGGACGAUAUAAACCAAGGACAGAUCAUGUAUCGCCCUCCCUCAGCACCUCCCCACCUCCAGGAGAUCAUGGCCUUCUCAUUUGUUGGUCUCCCAGAAUCAGUGAAAUUUUACUUCACAGUUUCUGAUGGGCAGCACACGAGUCCAGAGAUGGCCCUCACCAUUCACUUGCUGCACUCGGAUCUGCAACCGCCUGUGUUUCAGGUCAAGGCUCCCCUGCUGGAAGUUAGCCCUGGAGGCCGGACCUCUUUAGGCCUGCAGUUGGUAGUGAGAGAUGCUCAGGUGGUGCCGGAAGAGCUCUUCUUCCAGCUUCAGAAGCCUCCUCAGCAUGGCACGCUCGUGAAGUACACAGCGAAGUCCUCGGUGACCAUGGCUGCAGGUGACACUUUCACAUAUGAUGAAGUCGAGAGAAACGUUCUGCAGUACGUACAUGAUGGGUCCUCUGCGUGGGAGGACAGCAUGGAGAUCUCAGUCACAGAUGGCCUGACAGUGACAACAUCAGAAGUAAAAGUGGAGGUGUCCCCAUCAGAGAACCGAGGGCCCAGGCUGGCCCCCGGCUCCUCCCUGAGCAUGACGGUUGCUAGUCAACAUACGGCCAUAAUCACCAGGUCACACCUUGCCUAUGUGGACGAUUCUUCCCCUGACCCAGAGAUCUGGAUCCGGUUAAGUUCUCUGCCACUGUAUGGUGUGCUCUUAAAAAGCUCAGGACCUGACAUAGACGAGCUCUCGGGGGAUUCCAACUUCACCAUGGAGGACAUCAACAAUAAGAACAUCAGGUAUUCAGCUGUGUUUGAGACGGACGGGCAUUCGGUUACAGAUGGCUUCCACUUCUCUGUCUCAGACAUGGAUGAUAACCAUGUGGACAACCAGGUCUUUACCAUCACGGUCACUCCUGCCGAGAACCCUCCACACAUCAUUGCCUUUGCUGACCUUAUCACGGUUGACGAGGGAGGCAGAGCACCACUCUCUCUCCACCACUUCUUUGCGACUGAAGAUCAGGACAACCUUCAGGGCGACGCUGUCAUUAAACUAAGCGCUCUGCCCAAGUAUGGCUGCAUUGAGAACACAGGAACAGGAGAUCGCUUUGGCCCAGGAGCCAACAGUGACCUGGAGGCGUCAUUUCCUAUUCAAGAUGUCCUAGAAAACUACAUUUACUACUUUCAGAGUGUUCAUGAAAGCAUCGAGCCGACCCACGAUGUGUUUAGCUUUUAUGUGAGUGACGGAAGUGGUCGCUCUGAAAUCCACAGCAUCAAUAUCACCAUUGAGAGGAAGAACGAUGAGCCUCCCAGGAUGACCUUGCGGCCCCUGGGAGUACGACUGAGCUCGGGAGUGGCGAUAAGCAAUUCUUCCUUGAGCCUACAAGAUCUGGACACCCCAGAUAACGAGCUGAUCUUUGUAUUGAUGAAAAAGCCUGACCAUGGUCAUCUACUCCGGAGGUCUACUGCCUCCGACCCUCUAGAAAAUGGGACAGUCUUAGACCAAGGCUCCUCCUUCACCUACCAGGAUGUCCUAGCUGGGCUGGUUGGGUACUUACCCGGUGAUAUCUAUAUGGCAGUCGAUGAGUUCCGGUUCUCUCUCACGGAUGGCCUCCAUGUAGACACAGGGAGGAUGGAGAUCUAUAUAGAACUGCCAUCAACCAACAUUCCCCACUUGGCAAUAAACCGAGGACUUCAGCUUUCAGCAGGGUCUGUAGCACGCAUCACAGAGCAGCACUUGAAAGCCACAGGCACCGACUCUGCAGCCAGCCAGCUUGUAUACGUCAUGAAGGAAGACCCUGGUGCAGGGCGUCUGCUGAUGGCUAAGGCUGCCAACCCGGAGCAAAUCUCUGUUAGAGGCCCCAUCCGGAGCUUCACCCAGGCAGAUGUUAGCCAAGGGCAGAUAGAAUACAGCCAUGGACCAGGAGAACCUGGUGGGAGCUUUGCUUUUAAAUUUGAUGUGGUUGAUGGGGAAGGCAAUAAGUUGGCUGACCAGUCAUUUUCCAUCAGUGUUUUAGAAGACAAAUCCCCACCAGUCAUCGUCACCAAUAAAGGGCUGGUCUUAAAGGAGAACUCGGUGGAGAAAAUCACUACUGCACAGCUGUCGGCCACUGACCAGGACAGCAAACCUACAGAACUCAUCUACAGGAUCACCACCCAGCCCCAGCUGGGCCACCUGGAACACGCAGCCUCCCCAGGCAUCCAGAUUAGUUCCUUCACUCAAGAUGACCUGGCUUCACGCAAUGUUCAAUAUGUUCAUUCUAGUGGGACAGGGAAACAAGCAGAUGCCUUUGGCUUUGUGCUGUCUGAUGGCUUGCAUGAGGUGACACAGACCUUCUCCAUCACUAUUCACGCUGUGGAUGAUGCGCUGCCCCUUGUGCAGAGCCAGGGCAUGCGUGUGCAAGAGGGUGUGAGGAAGACCAUCACGGAGUUCGAGCUGAAGGCAGUGGAUGUGGACACAGAGGCUGAGUCCAUCACCUUCACCAUUGUGCAACCUCCACGUCAUGGCACCAUCGAGAGAACUGCCCGGGGACAGCAUUUCCACCAAACCUCCUCCUUCACUAUGGAAGACAUCUACCAGAACCGUGUCAGCUAUAGCCAUGACGGCAGCAACUCCCUCAAAGACCGAUUUACCUUCACCGUUUCUGAUGGGACCAACCCCUUCUUUAUCAUUGAGGAGGGAGGAGAAGAGAUCACAACGGCAGCCCCUCAGCAGUUCCAUGUGGACAUUCUCCCUGUGGAUGACGGCACCCCUAGAAUUGUCACCAACCUGGGGCUCCAGUGGCUGGAGUAUAUGGAUGGCAAGGCAACCAACCUGAUCACCAAGAAGGAACUGCUGACUGUGGAUCCAGACACGGAGGACUCACAUCUUAUCUAUGAGGUCACCACAGGCCCCAGGCAUGGCUACUUGGAGAACAAGCUGCAGCCGGGCAGAGUGGCAGCCACCUUCACCCAGGAGCAUGUGAACUUGGGGUUGAUUCAUUAUGUGUUGUAUGAGGAGAAGAUCCAGAAAAUGAUGGAUAGUUUUCAGUUCCUGGUGAAGGACCGUAAGCCCAAUGUGGUCAGCGACAAUGUCUUCCAUAUCCAGUGGUCUCUCAUCAGCUUUAAAUAUACCAGCUAUAACGUCAGCGAGAAGGCGGGGUCUGUCAGUGUCACCGUGCAGAGGACUGGGAACCUGAACCAGUACGCCAUUGUCCUGUGUCGCACUGAACAAGGCACAGCCAGCUCCAGCUCUCAUCCUGGACAGCAGGACUACAUGGAGUAUGCUGGCCAGGUGCAGUUUGAUGAAGGAGAGAGCACAAAGUCCUGCACCGUGGUCAUCAACGAUGACGAUGUAUUUGAGAAUAUCGAAAGUUUCACCGUGGGGCUCAGCAUGCCAGCCUAUGCCCUGCUGGGAGAGUUCACCCAGGCAAAGGUCGUUAUCAAUGACACUGAGGAUGAACCCACAUUAGAGUUUGAUAAGAAGACCUACCGGGUCAACGAGAGCGCUGGGUUUCUCUUUGCACCCAUCAAAAGACAAGGAGACUCAAGCAGCACUGUGUCUGCCGUUUGCUACACAGUCCCCAAGUCAGCCAUGGGAAGCAGCCUCUAUGCUCUGGAAUCCGGAUCUGACUUUAAAUCCAGAGGGAGGUCUGCUGAGAGUCGUGUGAUAUUUGGACCCGGUGUCACCAUGUCUACCUGUGAUGUCAUGGUCAUUGAUGACAGCGAGUAUGAGGAGGAAGAGGAGUUUGAGAUAGCCCUGGCUGAUGCUUCCCACAAUGCCCGCAUUGGAAGGCAGGCGGUGGCCAAGGUCCUCAUUAGUGGUCCCAAUGAUGCCUCAACUGUCUCCCUGGGCAACACGGCUUUCACCAUCAGUGAGGAUGCAGGCACAGUCAAGAUUCCAGUUAUCCGCCAUGGCACUGACCUUUCUACCUUCACAUCCGUCUGGUGUGCCACACGUCCCUCGGACCCAGCUUCUGCCACUCCAGGAGUUGACUAUGUCCCCAGUUCAAGGAAGGUGGAAUUUGGGCCAGGUAUCACCGAACAGUACUGCACUUUGACUAUCUUGGACGACACACAAUACCCAGUAAUUGAAGGAUUGGAGACAUUUGUGGUUUUCCUCAGCUCAGCACAAGGAGCCGAACUGACCAAGCCCUCUCAGGCUGUCAUUGCAAUUAAUGACACAUUCCAGGAUGUUCCCAGCAUGCAGUUUUCCAAGGAUUUGCUUCUUGUGAAGGAAAAGGAGGGUGUCCUACACGUCCCCAUCAUCAGGAGUGGGGACCUGAGCUAUGAGUCGUCAGUGAGAUGUUACACGCAGGGCCACUCGGCUCAGGUCAUGGAGGACUUUGAAGAGAGAAGAAAUGCAGACUCUUCCCGGAUUACGUUUCUGAAAGGGGAGAAGGCGAAGAACUGCACUGUCUACAUCCAUGACGACUCCAUGUUUGAGCCUGAGGAGCAGUUCAGGGUCUACCUUGGCCAUCCUCUUGGAAAUCACUGGAGUGGAGCCAGAAUUGGGAAGAACAGUGUGGCCACUGUCACCAUAUCCAAUGAUGAAGAUGCCCCCACCAUUGAGUUUGAAGACGCUGCAUACCAAGUCCGGGAACCUGCAGGGCCAGACGCCAUUGCAGUUCUGAACAUCAAGGUCAUCCGCAGAGGCGAUCAAAACAGGACCUCCAAGAUCCGCUGCAGCACUCGAGAUGGCUCCGCCCAGUCUGGUGUGGAUUAUUACCCCAAGAGCAGAAUCCUGAAGUUCAAUCCCGGUGUGGAUCAUAUCUUCUUCAAAGUCGAGAUCCUGUCCAAUGAGGACCGAGAAUGGCAUGAGUCCUUUUCUCUAGUCCUUGGCCCGGAUGAUCCAGUGGAAGCCGUGCUUGGAGAUGUAACUACUGCUACAGUGACAAUUCUAGACCAGGAGGCAGCAGGGAGUCUCAUACUGCCAGCGCCACCCAUUGUAGUCACUCUUGCUGACUAUGACCACGUGGAAGAGCUGGCGAAGGAAGGUGUCAAGAAAGCCCCGUCGCCAGGCUACCCGUUAGUCUGUGUCACGCCCUGUGACCCGCGCUACCCCAGGUAUGCUGUCAUGAAGGAGCGGUGCAGUGAGGCUGGUAUCAACCAAACAUCUGUGCAGUUCAGCUGGGAAGUGGCUGCGCCCACCGAUGGCAACGGGGCUCGGUCUCCCUUUGAGACCAUCACUGAUAACACACCAUUCACCAGCGUCAACCACAAGGUCCUAGACAGCAUUUAUUUCAGCCGGAGAUUCCACGUGCGUUGUGUGGCCAAGGCUGUGGACAAGGUGGGCCAUGUAGGGACCCCCCUGAGGAGCAAUGUUGUUACCAUUGGAACCGACAGUGCUAUCUGCCACACCCCAGUAGUGGCUGGGACAGCUCGAGGCUUCCAGGCACAGUCCUUCAUUGCAACCUUGAAGUACCUGGACGUCAAACACAAAGAACACCCUAACAGAAUCCACAUCUCUGUGCAGAUCCCUCACCAGGACGGCAUGCUGCCCCUUAUCUCCACCAUGCCCCUGCACAACCUGCACUUCCUGUUGUCGGAGUCCAUCUACAGACACCAGCAUGUCUGCUCCAACCUAGUGACCGCGCGGGAUCUGCGAGGCCUCGCAGAGGCAGGGUUCCUGGAUGAUGCAGGUUUCCACAGUACUGCCCUGGGCCCUGGCUAUGACCGACCCUUCCAGUUUGACUCAAGUGUACGGGAGCCCAAAACCAUCCAGCUAUACAGACACCUGAACCUAAAGAGCUGCGUGUGGACCUUUGACGCAUACUACGACAUGACAGAGCUUAUCGACGUGUGUGGGGGCUCCGUGACCGCUGACUUCCAGGUGAGAGAUUCUGCCCAGUCGUUCCUGACGGUGCACGUGCCUCUCUACGUGUCCUACAUCUAUGUGACAGCCCCCAGGGGCUGGGCCUCCUUAGAGCACCACACUGAGAUGGAAUUCUCUUUCUUCUAUGACACAGUUCUCUGGAGAACAGGGAUCCAGACAGACAGUGUGCUCUCUGCCAGGCUUCAGAUAAUAAGGAUCUACAUCAGAGAGGAUGGCCGGCUCGUCAUUGAGUUCAAGACCCAUGCCAAAUUCAGAGGGCAGUUUGUGAUGGAGCACCACACUCUCCCAGACGUGAAGUCUUUCAUAUUGACUCCAGACCACCUAGGAGGAAUUCAGUUUGACCUGCAGCUCUUGUGGAGUGCUCAGACAUUUGAUUCUCCUCAUCAACUCUGGCGAGCCACAAGCUCUUACAAUCGAAAGGACUACUCAGGGGAGUACACCAUCUACCUGAUCCCUUGCACCGUGCAGCCCACACAGCCCUGGGUGGACCCAGGAGAGAAGUCGUUGGCCUGCACCGCACACGCCCCAGAAAGGUUCCUGAUACCCAUCGCAUUCCAGCAGACCAACCGCCCUGUUCCGGUUGUGUAUUCGCUCAAUACUGAGUUUCAGCUCUGCAAUAACGAAAAGGUAUUCUUGAUGGAUCCCAACACGUCUGAUAUGUCACUGGCAGAGAUGGAUUACAAAGGAGCCUUUUCCAAAGGUCAGAUCCUUUAUGGCCGAGUCCUUUGGAAUCCAGAACAAAACCUUCAUUCUGCUUACAAACUGCAGCUGGAGAAAGUCUAUCUUUGUACCGGCAAGGAUGGCUAUGUGCCUUUCUUUGACCCUACGGGGACGAUCUACAAUGAAGGCCCACAGUACGGAUGCAUUCAGCCAAAUAAACACCUGAAGCACAGAUUCCUGCUGCUGGACCGCAGUCAGCCAGAGGUCACUGACAAGUACUUCCACGAUGUACCCUUCGAGGCCCACUUUGCUUCCGAGUUGCCCGAUUUCCAGGUGGUCAGCAGCAUGCCGGGGGUGGAUGGAUUUACCCUCAAAGUAGAUGCCCUCUAUAAGGUGGAAGCAGGCCACCAGUGGUAUCUCCAGGUGAUCUACAUCAUUGGCCCUGACAGCCCCUCACGGCCUCGGAUCCAGCGCUCUCUUACGGCCUCUCUGAGGCGCCACCAAAGGGACCUGGUGGACCCCAGUGGCUGGCUGUCUCUUGAUGAUUCCCUCAUCUAUGACAACGAAGGAGACCAAGUCAAGAAUGGCACCAACAUGAAGUCCCUGAACCUGGAGAUGCAGGAGCCCGUUAUCGCCGCUUCCCUGUCGCAAACCGGAGCCUCUAUCGGCAGCGCCUUGGCGGCUGUCAUGCUUCUCCUGUUGCUAUUUCUGGUGGCCUGUUUCGUCACCAGGAAAUGCCAGAAGCAGAAGAAGAAACAGCCUCCGGAGGACACUCCGGAGGAAUACCCCCUGAAUACCAAGGUGGAUGUAUCCAAGAGGAAUGCAGACAAGGUGGAGAAGAAUACCAACAGACAGUACUGCACCGUGCGCAAUGUCAACAUACUGAGUGACAGCGAAGGGUAUUAUACGUUCAAAGGUGCUAAAGUCAAAAAACUAAAUCUGGAGGUCAGAGUGCACAACAAUUUACAGGAUGGGACAGAAGUUUAACGAGAAGACCUGAGGUGUAUUUUCUUUUUUUCUAAAAAUCCUUUUUAUAUAACGGGGAGAAAUACUGGUAUUUUUAUAAUCUUUCAAAUUAAACAAACAAAAAACAAAGGGAAAACUAGCUUUGAGUGGCGGACAGCACACAUCGCAUGCAUUGACUCACAACUGAGCUACCUCAUGAAACAGAACCGCUGAGACACCCCCUCCCUCCCCUAGAGUGUCAGAGGAGGGUUAUGCCUACAGGUCCCUGUAACAGUCUCAGUGGCCACACAGAACGACUCUGUAAGGCUGGCCACAGAAGUGUUUUCGAAUUAGGACAGAAACGAGACAAUUAGCUUCACUGAUUGGAUGGAGAAAGCUGGGCCUGUGGGCAGCAGAUAUCUGAAAGGACAAACAAAGCCUUUGGUUUCUUCUUCUGCCCCAGCUCUCUUCUGUGUGGGCUUUUCUGGACUUCUGGACACAGAAUACAGAAUGCUGACACACAGAUUCCAUUAACAAUUCUAAUCAGCACAGCUUAGACAUCUGUGCACUGUUCCCACUUACUAUCCUAUGCAGCCAGGCCUCUAAGUAGACUUGGCUUUUCUAGAGCCCUUUUUGAAUGGGGAUCUCAACAUGCUUUAGACUGGAGUGCUUGUCUAUACGUACUUCAAGGGGAGGACUCCAGCCAGGGCCAUGAAGAGCGCUGUGAAGUACCACAGCCUCUUGCAUGCCAAAGAUACUUUUAAAACUCAGCCCCGCUUCCCCAGGCGUUCUGUGGUUCAUCAGUGCACAGGGAGCUCGUGUGUUUGGUUUUAUUUGUUUUUUGUUUUAAUUUUGUUAGUGAUUUUUGGAAAGUAAGCAAAUCAUUUGAGUGAGUGAAUUUCCUAGAGGUUGGAAUGAAACCAGAGUUAACAUGGGGCCUGUUUGCUGUGUGUCACACAGCAGAUAGAGCCACUGUCCCUGGUGCGAUAGUCCAGGGACUUCUCUCUGGGGGUUCUUUUCUGGUAGCUCAGGCUCUUAGUUUCUCCCACAUCAGCACAUGACAACCCACAUAUAUGUAUGUGGCUUUUACAUAGCAUAGUGUUCAAAUGUCAACUGUGUAGUGUGCACACAACUUGCCUUUGUUUUCUUUUUUGUUUCUACCUUAUGGGUACAACCUAUACCGUGCACAUUGUGUUUUUAACCAGAGGCACAAUUCCAUUAGCCAGAAGCGAAUGCUGUUCCAGUGCAUGUCACAUCCUACCAGUGAGUAAAUCACAGGGUGUCCGCGUUGUGUCGUAUCCAUAUGGAAAUGACCCAAACUCUUUGAGAACAUUCCAGACUCCUACUAAAAUCUAGAAGGAAUGAACCAUGAAAGUUUUAUAGGCAACUCUGCAGACCCCCGAGCUCCAGAGCAGAGCCUGUGUGAGCCACGGCUGGCUCUUCAUUCUUCAGCAGUGCCUUGCACACUACAAGCGUGCAGAAAUGUUUGUUGAGUGAAUGAAUGGACUGCGUGCGGAGUGAAUGAUAGGCAGUAAACAGAAGGAGAGGAGGUGAGACGUUAUGCUGGCAGUAUUACAGUGUGUGUAGGGAUGGUCGCUGUUGUAUUUGGAUUGUGAAAUAGUCCUUCAACUGAGAGGGAAAAUGAAAGCACAUUUUUAGGUGGGUGUGGCUGGUGGUGUUUCUCAGGAGUCAGGAACAGAAAUGAUUGCGGUAUUGCAUGAGCUGCAUGUUGGCUUCCAGAGCAGGAGAUUUGGAGGAAACCCGAUUUCACAUUUCGAGAGUAAUACAGUGUGUUCGUUCAGGGCAGGAGAGGUUGGCUGAGCCCAGAAAUUCCUGGCUGGUCAGGUGCUCCUUCAGACCAGCUUGCAUAAUUCAGGGUAGAAAUUCUGAAAUCGCUUCAAGAAUCUGAAAUCGCUACCCAUCUCUUGCAGCAAAGCUGAUGAGCCACGCCCUGAAUCUCCAGGACAACAGAGAGGGCUAGAGCACAGACAGGGAACCAAUCAUCUGUAGAGCAGCUUCCCAUUGGCCCGUUACUGGUCACACCUCCCGCUGUCAAGAUGUUCACAAAUUAGAGCAGGGGACUUUCAGUGGUCGCCACCCCCCACCCCCACACACCUUCCUUUACACUCAGUGGGGACACAUACAUGUGAAGAGAUGGCAGAGCCUAGCACGAGAAGAGAGGCUGAAUCCGAAGGCCUUUGUGUACAAGGUGGGCAGUGAAAGACAGGGGCCUGUGCGGACCUGGUCAUGGUGAACUCUUGGAGAAAGAACGCCCCCUGGAAUAGCCCUGCCUCCCAGCCUCGCCCCUGAGACACUUUAUUAGAAGCCAGCCUUCUCUCGUGGAUGCCCACUUCUGACGUAGGAGGUGUUAAGAGGUGUAGAGCUGAGAUUUGCCUUUUGAGGGAUAUGGAGUCGUUCAUUUCAUUUACGUUUUGUACUUCAUCUUUGGGAUUGGAUAAUUUGAUGACUAAUGUGGAUUCUAUUUCAGUGAAAGCUUUGCUUUCAGCGUUUCUUACUUCUUCACUAAUGCCUUGUGUGUGUGUGUUUUACUAACCUUUUAGAUUAUACCUUCAGGUGAGAAGAACAGAAAA